UAAAUCUAUUAAUUCUCUUCCAUUGAACCAACCAAAUAAAUGUUUAAUUUUACCAUAAUCUUGCAUAAACUAAAUUACAGUAAUUUGUUUCCAAUCCGAGGCCCAAACCAAACAUGACCUAAAAUAAUUACUCAAGGCCAAUUUGGUGAUUUCCACGGUACCAUAACAUGCAUUACAUAUUACGAACUUCGUCGAUGCGACGGUGAACGGUGCGGUGACUAACCAGCGACCACAAUCUCCAGCAAUGAAACCCUGCAAAGACGCCAUCACCAUGGCCGAAAAAGCAAUCACAUACCUAAAACGCCACCCACAAAACCUACCAUCACUAAUCCCUCACUUCACACCCCAAGCAGCAACCUACCUUCUCCUCACUUCCCAAUUCAACAAACCCUUAACUCUCAAAUUCCUCAACUGGGCCAAACCACACCCUUUCUUCACUCCCCAUUGUAAAUCCAUCGCUCUCCACAUCCUCACUCGCUUUCAUCUCUUCAAUUCCGCACAAACCCUAGCACAAAACCUCAUCACCACAACAACAUUAAACGACACAACCUCCACCGUCGUUUUCAAUCUCCUCCAAAACACAUACCACUCCUGCAAUUCAUCCUCCGCCGUUUUCGAUUUACUAAUUAAAUCAUACUCCCAUCUUAACCUAAUCCAAAACGCUAUCCACACCCUCCACCUCGCUAACCGCCACGGCUUUUCCCCUACCGUCCUAUCUUACAACUCAAUCCUCGAUUCGAUUCUCCGAACCGGAGAAACCGGGUCCCACCAUUUAUCUAUUCAACACGCGAACCGUGUCUUCAAUGAUAUGAUUCGAAAAAAUGUUUCGCCGAAUGUAUACACUUAUAAUGUAAUGAUCCGCGGAAUGGUUUCCGCGGGGAAUUUAGACUCUGGUCUUCGUCUCAUUCGUGAGAUGGAGACUAGAGGUUGUUUGCCUAAUGUGGUGACUUAUAAUACAAUGAUAACUGCUUAUUGUAAAGAGAAUAAGAUAGAGGACGCGUUUGGUUUGUUGAAAAUAAUGGUGGAAAAUCGCGUUGAGCCUAAUUUGAUUUCUUACAAUGCGGUUAUUAAUGGUUUGUGUAGUCAAGGGAGAAUGAAAGAGACAAUGGAAGUGAUUCGUGAGAUGAAUUUGAAAGGGUUGAGUCCUGAUUGUGUUACUUAUAAUACACUUGUGAAUGGGUUUUGUAAAGAAGGGAAUUUUCAUCAGGGAUUUGUUCUUCUUCAUGAGAUGGCUGGUAAGGGUUUGUCGCCGAAUGUUGUUACUUAUACUACUUUGAUUAAUGGUAUGUGUAAGGUAAAGAAUUUGAGUCGCGCUUUGGAGAUUUUGGAUCAUAUGCGUGUUAGAGGACUUAGUCCUAAUGAGAGAACUUAUACAACAUUAGUGGAUGGUUUUUGUAGGCUAGGGUUAAUGAAUGAGGCUUAUAAGGUUUUGAGUGAAAUGAUUGAUAGUGGAUUUUCGCCUUCGGUUGUUACUUACAAUGCAAUUAUUCAUGGAUUUUGUUGUUUGGGGAGGGUUGAUGAAGCUGUUGGAGUUUUGAAGGGUAUGGUCGAGAAGGGUUUGUUUCCUGAUGUUGUUAGUUAUAGUACUGUUAUAUCUUUCUUUUGCCGAAAUGGGGAGAUGGGAAAAGCGUUUCAAAUGAAGGUGGAGAUGGUCGAGAAGGGCAUUUUGCCUGACUAUGUGACGUAUUCGUCACUCAUACAAGGGUUAUGUCGUCAAAGGAAACUCUCGGAAGCUUUUGAUCUCUUCCGAGAGAUGGUGCUUGUAGGCUUAUUGCCUGAUGAGGUUACUUACACUAGUUUGAUGAAUGGUUAUUGUGUUGAAGGUGAAUUGAGUAAGGCUCUUGAUUUGCACGAUGAAAUGAUGAAGAAGGGUUUUUUGCCUGAUGUUGUUACUUAUAGUGUACUUAUUAAUGGCCUUAAUAAGAAAGCUAGGACUAGAGAAGCUAAGAAGCUUCUUCUAAAGUUGUUUUAUGAUGAGUCUGUACCGAAUGACGUGACGUACAAUACUCUGAUAGAAAACUGCAGCGAUAAUGAAUUUAAGAGUGUGGUUGGUCUUGUGAAAGGAUUCUGCAUGAAGGGUUUAAUGGAUGAAGCAGAUCAAGUUUUUAACACAAUGCAUCAGAGGAAUUUUAAACCUGAUGGAGCAGUUUAUAAUUUAAUCAUACACGGACAUUGUAGACGUGGUAAUGUUCGUAAGGCAUAUGAUAUGUAUACAGAGAUGGUGCGAUGCGGUUUUGUUUCUCAUAUGGUGACUGUAAUUGCUCUCGUUAAAGCUCUAUCGAAAGAAGGGAUGAAUGAUGAGCUGAGUUGGGUAAUGCAAAAUAUAUUCAGCAGCUGUAGGCUCAAUGACGCAGAACUACCGAAAGCACUUGUUGAAAUUAACUUUAAAGAAGGUAACAUGGAUGCUGUUUUGAAUGUGCUUACAGAAAUGGCAAGCGAUGGCCUGUUACCUGAUGGGGGAGAUUAUUCAUGUGCUUCUGCAAUUGCACUGUAAUUUUUGUUGUUGUAUAUUGUACUGUGUAACCAUAAAAUUUGAUCCCGACACUUCAUGCAAACAUCCAGUACCAUUGGGCUUGGAGACUUGCAGUGGCGAAAUGAAAUUCUUUGUCGAUAUCAAAGUAAUUUAUCAAUAACUGCCUUGACCAGGUUAAUACAACUCUCUUAUCUAUCUCCUCUCCUUUGUGAGUCACUAACACAAAAUGUACUUGUGAGGCAUUCCUUGUCAUUGGGUAAAUUUUUUGAAAAUUUAGCUUUAUAUUCUUUUUUUACUUUUAUUACAAUAGCCAUAGAGAUGCAAUAAAAAAGUCAUUUCCUUCCUAAUCAAACCAAACAUGUCAGAUGGAUCGAUUAUUUCGUUUCGGUGUUGUUAAAUAGCGGCUAUAGCAUAGUGGAAUUUGAAGAAAACACUAUUAUUCCACCAUAUACUAUUUAGUACAAAAUGUUGUCAAACAACGGCUAUAGCGGCACCAUAGCACUGUUUUGUAGCGGAUUUCGAACUAAAUGCUAUUUUCCGCAAUCUGCGGUUGACAAUACCAUUCCAUUUUACUCCCAUUCCUUCAAAUGAUGUUCCAAGAAACCAAAUGUGACCUUGUUGUUUUUGGAUUGGUUUAAAUCAUUGAGUAUGAAAUAGCUUUACUUUCAAUCAUAGAUAGACAUUGUUUUCUUUGUGUUUGUCAUAGUUUAUGCUUGUCAUAGUGUGUCUUUGAAAUCAAUGUUCUUCUGUUGUUGCUAAUUUACUUUUGCUGCAAAUUAUGUUUUAUGAAUUUUUAUAAGUUUUGAAAUGCUGAAGUUGGGAAAGUUUUCUCUGGACCUGAUCCACCAUUUAUGGCACAUGAAUUAUAUAAUUUGUUUACAUCGUGCUUUCAAAGCUACAAGAAUCAGAUGCUUGUAAUUGUGUCUUAUCAUUUUUGUUGUGGUUCAUCAUAACCUACUGGAUGUAGGGUAAGACAUUGACAGGGGAAACGGUAGUAUUGUUGUCAGCAAGUCAUAAUAAAGUUCAUCUGAAAACUAAGAGUAAGUCUGGAUGCUGGAUCAUUGGCGACUGAAAAGGGACAAUAGGUUUAUUUGUGAUGCUUAUAUUAUAUAUACCUGGUAUCCUUUGGAGUUAGUAUUCUCAAUUCUGAUUCUGCUGCGACAAGUUUAACUAAUUUUUUCCUAUCAUGACAGUUUUUUGGAUGCAUAAGGCUUGGUUGUUGUA